AUGUCUGUAAAAAAAGCUUGGCAGUUUCAAUGUUCUAAUACGACUUGUUUACCAUUCGCCACUGUUUCCGCAUCACGUAUUCUUAAAUGCCAAACAACUUGUUUAGCUUACGAACACUAACCAACGACUACGACAUCAACAUCAACAUCAACAUCGACUACAACGUCAACAACAACAACAACGUCGACAACAAAAACGUCGACUACAACAUCAACAACAACAACGUCGACCACAACGUCAAAAACAACAACAACAACAACGUCGACUACAACAUCAACAACAACAACGUCGACCACAACGUCAAAAACAACAACAACAACAACGUCGACUACAACAUCAAAAGCAACAACAGUGGCGGUAACGGCUGUUACUUGCAAUUGUUCUACUUAUGGUACAUGCGCAGGAUAUCGUGGUUCAUCGGGUUAUCCCAUCGCUUGUGGUAAUUAUGCUCAUGAUGGUAGUGGUUACAUGGCAUGUGUUUAUGAUGCUGACAAUGGUUACAUUAGUGGCAGUAGUAAUGAUUGUUCAUUGUGUUGCAGUCUUGGUAGUGGUACUUAUGGAGCUUAUGCUGGUCGUUGA